GAAGAAAGGCGGAAGAAUGUGGGUGAGAGAGGAUCAGCCAUUUUCGUGAGGUCGAAAUCUGCAGUGGAGGGAUGCCAAGACAUUGCUCAGCAGGUGGCUGCAAAACGCGGGACAACCGUGAGACUCGUAAUGCUGGCGUCACCUUUCACAAAUUACCAAAAGGAGCCACUCGGAGGAAUCUCUGGAUCACCAACUCCCACCGUGCAGACUCCUGGGAUCCUCAGACUGACUUUGUCUACUUUUGUUCCAAACACUUCACCCCAGAGAGCUUUGAGCUGACCGGAUGCAGUGGGAUCAGAAGACUAAAAGAAGAUGCAUUUCCUACAGUAUUUGAUUCCUCUUCAAGAAGCAAAUGCAAAAGAGCAGGAGCUCCUCAGAAACGAGGCGACAUCCCUGCCAGGAAGAGUCCCUGCUCAGGCAGCCAGGAGCAGGGCAGAGACCAGGAUCAGACUUCAGAUGAAGCCUCAGUUCAGAGGUCGGCGGCAGCAUCGGAGGAGACUCACGAAAACAUACCUGCGUUUUCUCAAGAGCCGUCAGAGGUGGAGCCGCUCUCACAGCAAGAACGUGCUUCUUCGCCGCCACCGGAGUCUCGUCCCAUCUCCCCAUCACGUUACAUGAGGCGUCUGCCCCCUCCUCCGGGCUUCUACCUGUCAAAAGAGCACAGCUACGCUCAGCUCUGCCCCCUGCUGUGGAGGAGACGUUACGACCAGGCUAUUGACUGCCUGGAGAAGGCCUUACGACAGCUGCACGCAGCCAGGCGGAGGGAGAACCGCCUGCGGAGCACCGUUCUGAGGCUCCGGGAUAAACGGCUGAAGCACACUCUGCUGGUAUCACAAGAUGGUUUCAAAAACAAGGGGAGCUGGACACCAGGGCAGGAGAAGAAAGGAAGUAAAGGAGCCUCUAACCAGGAGGAGAGUGAGACCGAUGCUAAAUCUGAGGAGACUGGGUUAUUUGAGGACAGAGGUGUGGAUCACAUGGAGUUAGGGGUUCCUUUUCUUCCAGACACUAACAGCUGGUCUGAGGAGGAGAAGGGGUACUGUUUUUACUGUGGGAGAGGGCAGGUUCAGGUAGGUGGUCAGGUAAAAGACAGACUUUCAGAGACUGAGAAGGAUGUCGGGCCCACGGAGCACGAGGACUCUGAGAAGACUCAGAGGAGUGUUGAAACGACCAAGGACACACAGUCAGUCAGGCUAGAAAGACCACUUGAGAAAAAAGUAGAAACCAGUGACUCAGGUGUUGCACAUUCCCAAGUCCUGCUCCAAACUCCACAUCUUCAGCAUGCGAUCCCUGCUGGAGUGUGUCUGCCUGAUACUCAUGAGCAGAGCCUCCAGUUUUUGGGGCCCCAGCAGAAGCUGCUACUGUCCGACACGUGUGACAGGGAGUCUGAAGCCGCGGGUCAGGAGCACCAACUGGACCUGCAGCAACAGCUGUUUUGGAUACAGGACAGUGCCGAGGGACAGGUCAUCCUGGUGCCCGUCCCUGCCGAAGACGGAUUACAAAGCUUUCUCAAGACGGAGGGGGACGUCGACGAGGCACAAACCACAUUGGUGUCAGAACUGGAUUUUAAGAGCGACUCGGGACACGUGAGAGAGAAGAGCGGAGGCCUGACCGGAGACGAAACAGCCUGUGAUGACGAACGUGGCGACCGGCCUUCUGUUACCAACAGUGCAUCAGUGGAGAGGAGAGAAGAUGUGAGGGAGAAGCUUAAAGAACACCUGGAGGGAUUUCACCUUCAGCUGAGCACCGAGUUCAUAAACUGACAGGAUGUUCUGAACCAACACAACAGUUUGCGUCCAACAUGCUGAAGUCAGAUAUGUUGUUGUCGCCAUGGUCACAAACCUUUUGGGGGAAGUGACAUCCAUACAGUGCUUAGUCACAGCGGGUAUUUUUAUGUGCAGAUCCAAACCAAACCGUGAAUUGUUUCCUACUAAUAAGUGUUGUGAUAAAUCUUAUUCCUCUGAGGCAGUGAUCUCCAUCGUCUCCAGAAGCGAUUAAAAAAACACAUCAGUCUGAGUAACGUUUGAUAGAAACUACAGCAAGCAUCUGUUUUAGGAAAUUUAAAAAAAAAAAAAGAAAUGAAAAUUAAACUCUAUAUUUGUGAGGUGGUUUUUUCUGGUUUGGGUCUUUUUGUGGGAUUUUUGUUGACAGCUAGAAAAAUGCAGAAACACCAGAAUGAAUCAAUCAGGAAAGACUCAAACAACAACACAUGAAUAAUUGAAGAUAAAUAAAUGAAGAUAAAUCUAAUAACAGGAGCAGUAGGUUGGAUAACUUUGAGCAGUGCUGUCUCUGUGCUUUGAUCCUCAAAUAAAUGAUUGCUCUGUAGA